CAGAAGUAAUCUUUAAUUCCGUGGCACAGCGCAGAAAAAUCUAUAAAUUAACAUCAAUUCACUGUUCUUGAAUAUAUAUAUUUUUAAUCUUUUUUUUUAUUGCCGAUUUGCGAUGGACUGCUAUUUUUGACCUUUCGCUUUCUGGAUCUAGGGUUUUCUUUUUCUGCGACUCGUCGUUCAUCAUCAAAAACCCAAACACCGCCCCUGACUGGUUGUGGUUCUGUUUUGUUCGGACAGGAAUCGAAUCGGCCAGUGAUUGAUAAGUCGAUCGAUCCGUCGUCGGAGUUCUGCGUUUUUUUGAUCUAAAAUUUUUCAGAGAAACACAGAAAAUGGCCAAAAUUAUCCUAAAUUGUAUUUUUAUUCUCUCUGUAUAAUGGUUAAAAAGGCUUGAGACAAGCAAAAGAAAUAGGAUUCCAUGACGAUUUUGACGAAAGAAAUGAUAGAUCUGACCAUGACGAAUCCGAGAAUUCCAUCUGAUUAUAGUGAACGGAAGAAGGAGAAGAACAAUUGACUCGAAGCGAGGGGUUGGGUUAGAGGCGCAACGCUGCGUUUCGAUUCGAUUGGGACCAAAAUGUUGAAAACGGUGGUGUGUAAAGGGGAGGAGCUACUGGGGGAAGUGGAUGUGUACUUACAGAAUCAGAAGGUGGAUUUGAGAGAGAAGGAAAUCAGGAUUACGCACUUCUCGCAACCGAGUGAGAGGUGUCCACCACUGGCUGUUCUCCACACCAUCACGUCUAUUGGUGUUUGCUUCAAAAUGGAAUCCAAGACGCAGUCACAGGACACGCCGCUCUUUUCUUUGCACUCCUCGUGUCUCAGGGAGAACAAGACUGCAGUAAUGUCAUUGGGAGAAGAGGAGCUCCAUUUGGUUGCUAUGUCUUCUAGGAAGAAUGAGGGACCAUUUCCAUGUUUCUGGGGUUUUACUGUUGCUUCAGGCCUUUAUAGUUCUUGCCUUGCCAUGUUGAACCUUAGAUGUCUCGGCAUUGUAUUUGAUCUUGAUGAAACACUCAUAGUUGCAAAUACAAUGCGUUCAUUCGAGGAUAGAAUUGAGGCCCUACAGCGGAAAAUAAAUGCUGAAAUGGAUCCACAACGCAUUUCUGGCAUGCUGGCAGAGGUAAAGCGUUAUCAAGAUGACAAGAGUAUUCUAAAGCAAUAUGCUGAGAAUGAUCAGGUUGUUGAAAAUGGGAAGCUGAUCAAAAUUCAGUCUGAGGUUGUUCCAGCUUUGUCUGACAAUCAUCAACCCAUUGUUCGCCCACUUAUACGAUUACAAGACAAAAACAUUAUUCUGACUCGCAUUAAUCCACCGAUUCGUGAUACGAGUGUUCUUGUGAGGCUGAGACCUGCGUGGGAGGAUCUCCGGAGCUAUCUGACUGCAAGAGGCCGCAAGCGUUUUGAGGUUUAUGUUUGUACAAUGGCUGAGAGAGACUAUGCCUUAGAAAUGUGGAGGCUUCUUGAUCCAGAUUCUAAUUUGAUAAAUUCUAAAGAAUUAUUGGAUCGCAUUGUGUGUGUGAAAUCUGGCUCGAGAAAGUCACUAUUUAAUGUCUUUCAAGAUGGAACCUGCCAUCCUAAGAUGGCAUUGGUGAUUGAUGAUCGCUUGAAGGUUUGGGAUGAGAAAGAUCAACCUCGGGUGCAUGUGGUUCCUGCAUUUGCUCCAUACUAUGCUCCUCAAGCUGAAGCAAAUAAUGCUAUUCCAAUUCUGUGCGUUGCAAGAAAUGUUGCCUGCAAUGUUAGAGGUGGAUUUUUCAAGGAAUUUGAUGAGGGUCUUUUACAACGGAUCUCCGAGCUCUCAUACGAAGAUGAUAUCAGAGAUAUUCCUUCACCUCCUGAUGUCAGCAACUAUUUAGCCUCUGAGGAUGAUGGUUCUACUUCAAAUGGAAACAAAGAUCCGCCUUGUUUUGAUGGCAUGGCAGAUGCAGAGGUUGAAAGGAGACUAAAGGAUGCAAUUUCGGCUUCUUCAACAGCAACUAAUCUGGACCCAAGGCUUGCUCCUUCUCUCCAGUUCACAAUUGCGUCUUCUGCUAGUUCAAUUCCAUUCCCAACACCACAAGGGUCUACAUCUCUUCCGAUUAAGCAGUUCCCUCCAAUCCCUGCAUCAGUUAAACCACUGGGUCAUGUAGGCCUCUCAGAACCUAGCUUACAAAGUUCUCCUGCUAGGGAAGAGGGUGAGGUACCGGAAUCUGAAUUAGAUCCAGACACGAGGCGGAGGCUUCUCAUAUUGCAGCACGGGCAAGACACAAGAGAUACCCCAUCAACUGAACCUUCAUUUCCUGUUAGACCUCCAUUACCAGUUUCAGUUCCACGUGUGCCAUCUCGCGGAACCUGGUUUCCAGUUGAGGAAGAGAUGAGUCCAAGACAACUGAACCGAGCAAUGCCUAAAGAAUUUCCUUUAGAUUCAGAACCAAUGCUUAUUGAGAAGCACCGAGUUCCUCACAGCUCUUUCUUUCAUAAGGUUGAGAGUUCUAUUCCUUCUGAGAGAAUUCUUCAAGAUAAUCAAAGACUGCCAAAAGAGGUACUUCACAGAGAUGAUCGGUCGAGGUUAAACCAUUCAGUAUCUAGUUAUCAUUCUAUCCCAGGUGAAGAGGUUCCUCUAGGCCGAUCAUCCACUAACAGAGAUCUGGACUUCGAAUCUGGACGAGGUGUUCCAUAUGCUGAUACUCCUGCUGGGGUUUUGCAUGGUAUUGCAAUGAAGUGUGGCACUAAGGUGGAGUUCAGACCAGCUCUGGUUGCUAGUAGUGAACUGCAGUUCUCCAUUGAGGUAUGGUUUGCAGGAGAAAAAAUUGGUGAAGGAAUUGGUAGAACAAGAAGAGAAGCCCAGCAUCAGGCUGCUGAAGGGUCUCUUAAAAAUUUGGCCUAUAAAUAUUUGUCCAAUGUUAACUCUGAUUCAAGCUCUAUGCAUGGGGAUCAGCCAUUUAAUGCAAAAGAAAAUGGUUUUUUAACUGAUAUAAGUUCUUUGGGGAAUCCAACAUUGUCCAAGGAGGAGUCUGCAGCAUUUUCAACCGCAUCCGAGCCAUCUAGGCUUCUGGACCCAAGGCUGGAAGGCUCUAAGAAAUCAAUGGGUUCAGUCUCUGCGCUCAAAGAAUUAUGCACGAUGGAGGGGCUUGCUGUGGCUUUUCAAGCCCAGCCUUCAGUACCGUGUAAUUCACUCCAGAAGGAUGAAGUAUAUGCACAGGUUGAAGUAGAUGGACAGGUUCUUGGGAAAGGAACGGGAUUAACGUGGGAUGAGGCUAAGAUGCAGGCUGCUGAAAAGGCUCUUGGAAGUCUAAAAUCUACGCUUGGUCAAUUUUCUCAGAAACGUCAGGGAUCUCCAAGGUCAUUGCAAGGGAUGUCCGGCAAGCGUUUAAAGCCAGAGUUUACUCGAUCUUUGCAGCGGAUGCCUUCUGCUAGAUACUCCAGAAAUGCUUCUCCUGUUCCCUGAAAGAUGAGAUCAUCCCCUUCCCUCAAUUUUUGGUGUUAGCUGCUUUUGCAUUGUAUGAUAACUGACUGAAAAGAAGGCAAGAGCUGUUCAGAUCCAUGACCUGUCGACCGGCUUAAUGGCUGCCCUUCUAGUCUCAUUGGACACCUGGUGUGAGCCAAGGGGAGCCAAAUCCUGCUCCGUUCUUGGGUUGGUUUAUUUCUUUGGAAAGCAAAGGGAGAUGCUUUGCCAAGUAGCUGCAGUUUUCUAGGAUGUUUGGCACCUAGGGAUUUCCAGCGAUUGUAGUAUCAUCUUUUUCUCUGGAGCAUGUUUUCUGCAAUACAGGGCAGGGCCUAUUAGCAUUCCCUAUUCUGCAGGAUGCUGCCAUCGGUGCCAAGUCUCUAGGUGAGCUUAAUUGGAUUUAAUUUUGAAGUGUUGGUGUUCAUCAGGCAGGCAGCGAGAGAACCUGGCAUUGAUCGAGAUCAGCUUCUGGCCAUGCUCACGGUAUAUAUAAGCAAACCGCUGACAUUUUCACUGUAGCUCAGUCAACUGACCAACUUUUCACGUUUUUACUGUAGUAGCUCGAUCAGCUGGCGACUUUUCUUUUCUUUUCCUUGUAACCUAGUUGCCCCACCUGCUGCAGAUGAUAAUGUUUUGUCAGUGUGCAGAGAGGGCUGAAUUUCUAACUCGGCUUGACAUGAACAACGCCGGUGUAAUAAAUAUAGCUUUUUAUUUCACUUUCUAUAUAGCAUCCCUAUGAAAAUUUCUAAA